AUGGAGGACGCCGGCGAGGACGCCUCGACCCACCGCUUGGAAGGCGCUGACCUGGCCGCUCAGGUGGGCGGUCUCAUCCGCAGGACCAGAAACGCAGCCAUGGAGCAGCACGUCUUGAAGGCGCCCGGGCCUCGCCCUUCACGCCUGGGGCUGGACCUGCUGGCCUCCCUGAAACGGAGAGAGCGCGAGGAGCAGGUCGAGCGGGAGGGCAAGAAGCCCCGCAUCUCUUCCGACAAGGCCUGGGAAGAGAGCGAGGAGCAGCAGAAGGGCGCCGAGCAGCAGGGCGGCGAGCAGGCUGGCCGCAGCAGCUGGAAGGACAGGCACUACCGCUCUGCUCGGGUCGAGACGCCAUCCCACCCCGGCGGAGUGAGCGAGGACUUUAGGGAACGCAGUCGGCAGAGAGCGCGGGAGCGGCGGGAACACGGGGUCUACGCCUCCUCCAGAGAAAAGGCUCGCAGGAAGGAGACACCGCGCGAUGGAGACUAUGAGCGCGAGAGAGACAGAGACGAGCAGGCCCGAAGCAGGCGCAGCCGCAGCAGGAACGAACCAGAGCGCCCACGCCCCAAAGACGCAGCCACCCCUUCCAGGUCCACGUGGGAGGAGGAGGAGGAGGACCGCGGCCACGGCUCCUCCAGGCACUGGCAGUGGGAAUCGCCCUCUCCAAUGCCAUCCUACCGGGAUUCCGAGGGGGGCCACCGGCCGUCCUCCCGACAGCGGGACUCAGACGACACGCCUCUGCCAACCCCCUCCUACAAAUACAACGAGUGGGCCGACGACAGGAGACACCUGGGCUCCACCCCGCGUCUGUCCAGGGGCCGAGGAAGGCGCGAGGAUGGGGAGCAGGGCAGCUCCUUCCACACAGAGGAGGAGCGGCAGCAGUGGGAGGACGCCCAGCGGCAAGCCGACCGGGACUGGUACAUGAUGGACGAGGGCUACUGCGAGCUGCACGACCCCCUGGCCUCGUCCUCGGAGGACUACGAGCGCAGGCGCGAGCAGCAGCUGCAGAAGCAGAAGCGCAUUUCGGCUCAGGGGAGACAGAGGAGCCAGGAUAAUGAGCGCUGGGAGAUGAACCGCAUGCUCACCAGCGGGGUGGUGCGGCGGCUGGAGGCGCACGUGGACUUGGCGGAGGACAGCGCGGCCAAGGUGCAUCUGAUGGUGCACAGCCUGGUGCCGCCCUUUCUGGACGGGCGCAUCGUCUUCACCAAGCAGCCAGAGCCCGUGAUUCCAGUCAAGGACGCCACCUCGGACCUCGCCAUCAUUGCCCGGAAAGGCAGCCAAACGGUCCGGAAGCACAGAGAACAAGAGGAGCGCAGAAGGGCUCAGCGCAGACACUGGGAGCUGGCCGGGACCAAGCUGGGAGCGAUCAUGGGUGUCCUGAAAGAGGAGCAGCCCGACAAAGCUCCGACACAGGUCGGGCAGGUGGACUACAGGACAGAGCAGCAGUUUGCCAGCCACGUGAGGGAGCAGAGCGAAGCCAGCAGCGAGUUUGCCACCAAGAAGUCCAUCCGGGAGCAGAGGCAGUACCUGCCCAUCUUCGCCGUGCGGCAGGAGCUGCUCACUGCCAUCCGGGACAACAGCGUCGUGAUCGUGGUGGGCGAGACAGGGAGCGGCAAGACCACACAGCUGACCCAGUACCUGCAUGAAGACGGCUACACGGACUACGGGAUGGUCGGGUGCACCCAGCCCCGGCGUGUGGCCGCCAUGUCUGUGGCCAAGAGGGUCAGCGAAGAGAUGGGGGCAAAGCUGGGCGAGGAGGUGGGCUACGCUAUUCGCUUCGAAGACUGCACUUCCGGGAACACCCUGAUCAAGUACAUGACCGACGGGGUCCUGCUGCGCGAAUCCCUCCGCGAGGCCGACCUGGACCGCUACAGCGCCAUCAUCAUGGACGAGGCCCAUGAACGCUCCCUCCACACCGACGUGCUCUUGGGGCUGCUCCGGGAGGUCGUGGCUCGGCGCUCGGACCUGAAGCUCGUCGUCACCUCGGCCACGAUGGACGCAGACAGAUUUGCUGCCUUUUUUGGGAACGUUCCCGUCUUCCACAUCCCCGGGCGGACCUUCCCCGUCGACGUCCUCUUCAGCAAGACCCCGCAGGAGGACUACGUGGAGGCCGCCGUGAGGCAGGCCUUGCAAGUGCACCUGUCCGGGGCCCCCGGGGACAUCCUCAUCUUCCUGCCUGGCCAAGAGGACAUCGAGGUCACCUCCGAGCAGAUUGUGGCGCGUCUGCAGGAGCUGGAGAACGUGCCCGCCCUGGCCGUGCUGCCCAUUUACUCCCAGCUGCCCUCCGACCUGCAGGCCAAAAUCUUCCAGAAGGCUCCAGAUGGCGUUCGCAAGUGUAUCGUGGCUACCAACAUCGCCGAGACCUCUCUGACCGUCGACGGCAUCGUGUUUGUCAUCGAUUCCGGUUAUUGCAAGUUAAAGGUCUUCAACCCCAGGAUCGGCAUGGACGCCCUGCAAGUCUACCCCAUCAGCCAGGCCAACGCCAAGCAGAGGGCGGGGCGAGCUGGCCGGACAGGCCCAGGCCAGUGUUUCAGGCUCUACACCCAGAGUGCCUACAAGAAGGAGCUCCUGACCAGCACCGUGCCCGAGAUCCAGAGGACCAACCUGGCCAACGUGGUGCUGCUGCUCAAGUCCCUCGGGGUGCGGGACCUGCUGCAGUUCCACUUCAUGGACCCACCGCCCGAGGACAACAUACUCAACUCCAUGUACCAGCUCUGGAUCCUGGGGGCCCUGGACAGCACGGGCGCUCUGACCUCCACGGGGCGGCUGAUGGUGGAGUUCCCGCUGGACCCGGCCCUGUCCAAGAUGCUCAUAGUGUCCUGUCACAUGGGCUGCAGCUCCGAGAUCCUGCUCGUCGUCUCCAUGCUCUCCGUCCCCACCAUCUUCCACAGGCCCAGGGGCCGAGAGGAGGAGAGCGAUCAGGUGCGGGAGAAGUUUGCCGUCCCCGAGAGCGACCAUCUGACCUACCUGAAUGUGUACCUGCAGUGGAAGAACAGCAAUUACUCCACCGUCUGGUGUAACGACCAUUUCAUCCACGCCAAGGCCAUGCGCAAGGCCCGCGAGGUGAGGGCCCAGCUCAAGGACAUCAUGGCGCAGCAGCGGAUGAGUCUGGCCUCGUGUGGCACUGACUGGGACACUGUCAGGAAGUGCAUCUGUGCCGCCUACUUCCACCAGGCGGCCAAGCUCAAGGGCACUGGGGAGUACGUGAACAUCCGCACGGGCACGCCCUGCCGCUUGCGCCCCACCAGCUCCCUCUUUGGAAUGGGCGACACGCCGGACUACAUAGUCUAUCACGAGCUGGUCAUGACCACCAAGGAGUACGUGCAGUGCGUGACGGCUGUGGACGGCGAGUGGCUGGCGGAGCUGGGCCCCAUGUUCUACAGUGUGAAAGGGCCGGGCGGGUCGCGGCAGGAGAACCGCCGUCGGGCCAGGGAGGAAGCCUGUGCCAUGGAGGAGGAGAUGGCGCUGGCUGAGGAGCAGCUGCGAGCGUGGCGGCAGGAGCGGGACAAGCGCUGGCCCUUGGCCACUACCAGGUCUAAGAAGAUCUACACGCCGGGUCGGAAGGAGCAGGGGGAGCCGGGGACGUCUCGCCACACGCCAGCCCGCUUUGGGCUCUGA